GGCAUGGCAUGUCUCCGCAGACAGAUACCCACUAUUUCUGUCUCAACUCACCUCUGCUCUGCCUCAUUCCGUUGUUUCUGUCUCUCGUUUUGGUCUCAUUAUCCUGAGCCUGUAGAUUUAGGGUUAUUUUCUCAGAUGUUCUUAGUCUACAUUUAGUUUGUUAAGUUGGGUUCUUGUUGAAGAGGGAGAUCUAUAAUCUGGGUUGUGAAUUAUUAGUUCAUAUAACCAAAGAAAAUGGUUUUGUCUGAUGAGAACAAUCACCCCUCUUCGAUUAGACCCACUAACUUACAAGGAGUUUCAGAAAUGGGUAGCAGAAAGUUUGGGAUGGAGAUCAGACACAACCGGAGAGCGUUAAGCACAAUCAAUCAGAAUUUUGUAGGAGCUUACCCUUACCCUCGUGUUGUCAACAAGCGUGUAUUGUCAAAAACACAAGAAAUCUGUGAUAAGAACAAUCUCAUUGCUCCCAAUCUAGCUCAUCGACCAAUAACAAGGAAAUUUGCGGCGCAAAUAGCAAGCACACAACAAUCUCUCCCGGAGGUUACAAAGAAUUCAAAUCCAUCAUCAGCUCACAAUUUUACUGUUUGGGAAGAUUGUGCAAUAGCUGAUGUGGAGGAACAGAAGGCAGCCGCGGAUCACCCAGUACCAAUGUCAUUGGAACAAGCAGAAGCAGUGCUGGAUGAGAAGGAUCAGAUGGAGGUUGAAAUGGAGGAUAUAUUUGAGGAGCCAGUUGUGGAUAUUGACAUAUGUGAUGCCAAGAACACGCUCGCAGUGGUAGACUAUGUUCAUGAUCUCUAUGCUCACUACAAAAAAAUGGAGAAUUGUAGCUGUGUUUCACCAAACUACAUGGCACAACAAUUUGACAUCAAUGAGAAGAUGAGGGCUAUACUAAUUGAUUGGCUAAUUGAGGUACACCACAAGUUUGAGCUGAGGGAUGAGACGUUGUUUCUGACUGUUAAUCUUAUAGACAGAUUUUUAGCUCAGCAAUCAGUGAUGAGGAAGAAGCUGCAGUUGGUUGGUUUGGUUGCCAUGCUCUUAGCUUGCAAAUAUGAGGAAGUAACCGUCCCUGUUGUCGACGAUUUAGUUUUUAUUUCAGAUAAAGCAUACUCUAGGAAAGAAGUACUUGAAAUGGAGAGAUUGAUGCUCAAUACACUACAGUUCAACAUGUCAGUUCCAACCCCAUAUGUCUUCUUGAUGAGAUACCUUAAGGCUGCUCAAUCCGAUAGGAAACUUGAGCUCCUAUCGUUCUUCUUGAUUGAGCUAUGCCUCGUGGAGUAUGAGAUGCUCAAAUUCCCACCAUCUUUCUUGGCUGCCGCAACAAUCUACACUGCUCAAUGUACCAUUUAUGGGUUUAAGCAAUGGAGCAAGACCUGUGAGUGGCAUACUAGCUACUCAGAAGAUCAGCUCCUGGAAUGCUCGAAACUGAUUGUGAGUUUCCACCAGAAGGCAGCAGCAGGGAGGCUUACAGGGGUGCACAGGAAGCACAGUACAUCUAAGUUUGGCUAUGCUGCAAAAUGUGAGCCAGCCCUUUUUCUGGUAGAGACCACCCAACAAUAGGAAGAGGAGGCAUGUACAGAUAUAUGCUAACUUUAUGUGAUUUCUGUAACUGAGGUGAUUGAUCUUUAAUUUGGGGGGUUUCAUUUUAAUGGGUUUUCAGGGGGGUGUUGGGGGAUGAAAUAAUUUAGCGAAAAGUCUAUAGUGCAUAGAAAGCCUACACAAAAUGGGAUACAGAUGAGAGAGAAAGCGCUGAUAUAAUACAGCAACUUGGGUUGCUGCUGGGAAUUGAUUUGAUUACCAAAUGUUUAAGCCUGCAGCCAUGGUUGUUAAAUUUCUCAUUCAGCUGUGGUUGUUCGCUGCCAUGUUCAAUUGUGAACAUGCAUUGAACUGUAUUUGUGUUUCAUUUGAUAAUAAUUUGAACAUUCUUUUAUCUGUUCUCUCUUUUCAUGUGAUAAUAAAACGUCAUUCGUCAUUUA